AGAGGAAUAAGAGAAAGAGGGGGACAGGGAAAAACAGAAGUAAGAAGACAAGGAGGGAAAUGAGGAUCAGUAGGAGACGAUGGAGGAGGAGGAAAAGAACAAAGAAGACAAGGAUAAGGAGGAAGAGAAGGAGGAGGUGUGGGACAGAGUAAAGGAUGAAGGAGAAUAAUCACUGAUGAGAUCCAUGCUUCUUUGGUUGACUACGUUGUGAACCAUUGCUUGAGUUCCAAUGAAGCUGGGCAGAGGGUCCAGCCUAACUUGAGCCGUUACACUGUAGGAAGUGUUGUCUGGACGUUUCGAAAUAUUCACAGAUCCCCAGCCCAGAUCGUGUGUAGACUUUGUUCAGAUUGCUAUGGGUGUGUGUUCACACAUGACGCAGGUGAGCAAAUAUAUCCAUUCUGAAGAGCCAGCACAGGUGAGAACGACUAACCGCAGCUAUGGACACGGACCAAAACAGCUCUGUUCUCAAAGAGGGGUUUCUGGUUAAGAGGGGACAUGUUGUUCACAAUUGGAAGGCUCGGUGGUUUGUCUUGAUGCCAGAUAAGUUGCUUUAUUACAAGUACGAGGGGGGAAAAAGGGAAUCGUGUCAACGGGGGAGGAUAAUGCUGAAAGAGUGUGUAGUUACCUGUCCGUUUCUGGAGUACGACUAUCGGCCGCUGGUGAUCAGGCUGCAGACACAGAGCUGUGGGGAGCACUUCCUGGAGGCGUGUUCUCGUGAGGAACGAGAUGAGUGGGCUGCUGGCAUCACCGCUGCCAUGGCGUCGCUCCACUACAGUGACGCUACGCCAGACAACCAAUCAGAAGCAGCUGCACCCAAGUCCUUGGGGCUGCACAACAUCAACCUAAGCCAGGUGUUGGACUCCAUGUAUGACAUUCACAGCGGCAUCAGGAUGAGCAACCUGACAGAGCAGGGCAGCACCUACAGUAACUGCUUCUCAGGUUGGUCUGACCUCUGUUUCCUAAUCACCUACAGUAACUGCUUCUCAGGUUGGUCUGACCUCUGUUUCCUAAUCACCUACAGUAACUGCUUCGCAGGUUGGUCUGACCUCUGUUUCCUAAUCACCUACAGUAACUGCUUCUCAGGUUGGUCUGACCUCUGUUUCCUAAUCACCUACAGUAACUGCUUCUCAGGUUGGUCUGACCUCUGUUUCCUAAUCACCUACAGUAACUGCUUCUCAGGUUGGUCUGACCUCUGUUUCCUAAUCACCUACAGUAACUGCUUCUCAGGUUGGUCUGACCUCUGUCUCCUAAACAUCUACAGUAACUGCUUCUCAGGUUGGUCUGACCUCUGUUUCCUAAUCACCUACAGUAACUGCUUCUCAGGUUGGUCUGACCUCUGUCUCCUAAACAUCUACAGUAACUGCUUCUCAGGUUGGUCUGACCUCUGUCUCCUAAACAUCUACAGUAACAGCUUCGCAGGUUGGUCUGACCUCUGUCUCCUAAACAUCUACAGUAACUGCUUCUCAGGCUCGUCGGUGGUGGACUGGUUGGUGUUCAUGCAGCUGGUCCUGACCCGUGUGGAGGCCGCCACCCUGGCCUCGGCCCUGCUGGAGGAGGGCUUCCUCCGGCCGCUGGGCUUCCGCAGCGUGGAGGCGCUGCGCAGCGCGGGUCUCAGCCAGCAGUUCCUGGACGACUCUACGGCUCUCUAUGGCUUUUCUGACAGCUUCAAGAAGAGAGGGAGUGUGAAACCUGAGAAGACACUGUCAGCCGUCGAGCUGGCUGGGAAAGUGGUCAAGAGGGGCUUCCUACUCAAACAGGGUCACAAAAGAAAGAACUGGAAGGUGCGUCUCUUUGUUCUUCGAUCACAGCCUGGCUACCUGCACUACUAUGACCCCAGCAAAGAUGACAUCAACCCUGCGGGCGGCUUCUCCCUGCGCGGCUGCCUGGUGUCGGCCCUGGAUGACAACGGAGUACCCUCAGGCGUGAAGGGAAAUGUUCAGGGCAACCUGUUUAAAAUCAUCACUCAGUCCAACGAACACUAUUUCAUCCAGGCUCCCACACGCCAGGAGAAGAUAGACUGGGUCGAGGCGGUGCGAGGACACAGUUAGUGGAGCUCUUACAGCCAAGCCGAGGUUCACCACACAGAACAGGAAAUAUAACAGAUGGAACAUUGAGUUGAACUUUUAGUAUGUCUUUAGAAAACCUUCUCCCUGAGUCCAUCUAGUAGCAUACUAAAUGUUGCAAUCCGGUUCUUAUUAUCAUCCAAUAUUUAAACCAUCUUCCAUUUUAAGUAAUGUAUUACACAUUCUAUGAAUGUACCCAAAAGUUGUAGCCAAAAUGAAAUAUUAAAAUACUGUUGCAA